CAGCGGGUAGUGUGUACACACCAGGCCCGGGGCUGGAGGGGAUGUCGUGUCUUCUGCUACAAGACAAGGAUUGAAAGGUCGGAGUGGAUUCUGCUCUGUCUCGGAUUGCCCCGGAAUCCAUCUCUCUCUACGGGAUAAGUUAUAGUAUUAUGAUCUUUAUUUUUAAUGGAAGAUGAUUGAAUGUGAAAACCUAAACCAAGAAGAAAUAAUUAAAGAACUGUGUUUAUGCAAUGGUUUAUCUUAUAAGAUGAUUGGACAAGAAGGACCAGAUACUUCAAAACUGGAAAUGUUUUUCUCAGGGUAUCCCCGUAUAGUUGGAUUAUCAUUAUUUCCUAAUUUAACAAGCCUCACAAUUGUUGCUCAAGAUAUAAAAGACAUUUCAGGGCUAGAAACUUGUUUACAACUUAAAGAACUCUGGAUUGCUGAAUGCUGCAUAGAGGGUUUACAGACUUUGAAGAAUUUAAAUGAUCUCAACCUUGCUGGAAAUUUAAUAAGCAGCAUUGGUCAAUGUCUUGAUCCCAAUGAGCAACUGGAAAAAUUAAACCUUUCUGGUAACCAAAUAUGUUCCUUCAAGGACCUCACUAACUUAACCAGGCUGCGUCACUUAAAGGAUUUAUGCCUGAAUGAUCCACAGUAUAAAAACAAUCCAGUUUGUCUGCUGUGUAAUUAUUCCACACAUGUGUUGUAUCACUUGCCUUGCCUUCAAAGACUUGACACGUUUGAUGUGUCAUCAAAGCAAAUCAAGAAACUGGCAGAUACCACAGCAAUGAAAAAAAUAAUGUAUUACAAUAUGCGUAUAAAAACUGUUCAGAGGCAUCUUAAUGAAGACCUUGAAAAAUUGAAUGAUCGAAAAUGUAAAUUACAGCAGUUGCCAGAAGAGCGAAUAAAAUUAUUCAGCUUUGUGAAAAAAAAUUUGGAACGAGAAUUUGCUGAACUCAAGGGAUCUGGCAAAGGACACAGUGAUAGAUCCAAUAACAAUAAAGUAACUGAGCUUGAAAAAUCAAAGAACUGUGAAACUGUCACAGAACAACUAAGUCUUCAACAGAAGAUAUUGACCAAACUAAAUGCUGUGAAUGAAAGGGUAAAAUUCUGGAACAAAAAACUAGAUGAAAUUGAAGCAAUUUACCAUAUUGAAGUAAAGCAAAAGAAGAAAAGUCAUGGCUUAUUGAUUCCAUUUUUGUUAAUUGAGUUGGAGACUGUGGGAAAUGUCCACUUUGAAGAAGGCACUCGAUCUGAUGACUGGUUUAAUUCUUGCUAUGAAUUAAUUCUAUCACGAUUUUGCGCAUGGGACUUCAGGUCAUAUGGUAUUACAGGAGUGAAAGUGAGACGCGUCAUCAAAGUUAACAACCGUAUUCUAAGAUUAAAAUUUGAGGAGAAAUACCAAAAGUUUUUGGACAAUGAAGAUAUGCAUGAUUCAGAGUGUUGUCGAAAGAUGAUGGAAUGCCUUUUUUAUGUUUUCAAUCCUGAAGUUACAGUGAAGAAAAAGUAUCUGCUACAAAUACUUGAAAAAGGAUUCAAAGACAGUGAAAUAAGCAAGCUGCCUCUCAGAAAAGAAGCUGUUAUUCUUGCUAGCAGCCUAAGUAUGUGUGAGUGCCCCAGAAUUGAAUUUCUACAGCAAAAGUACAAGGAUGAGAAGAAAAACUCCCUUGAGCUCUUCAGACAUGGCAUCCUUCUCAUUACAAAGGUUUUCCUUGGCCAGAGUGUUCAGGCUUGUGAACAAGACUCCAUCAGUCAAGCUAACUAUCCAAUGGUUAAUUCAGUGUUCAUUCCUCAAAAAUAUUUACUAAAUUCUUUCAUGGGACAAAGAAAUUGUGAUUGCAGCAUUCGACACUGCAAGUGGUUUGUCUUUGACCAUGACCUUGUUUUGCCAGAAUAUAUCAUUGAAUUUGAGUAUAUUACAGUGGUCAAGGAUCACUCUUUAUUUUCUUCAUUCAACAACAUUAUUCCAGAAGAAAGCAAAAAAGUUUCAGAAGAAUCAGUAUUGUCCCAGGAUUUGAAAUUUGAUGAUGAAGUUAUAAAAAUGGAUCCUAGGAUCAAGCCCAGACCAAUACUUACUAGUUUGGAUGAUACAACAAUACUUUCCCUUGGCAGAACUAACAUUUACAGUCAUAUUGUGAGCCUGAAUCUACAUGGAAACAGCUUGAGUAAACUGAGAGAUCUCUCCAAGUUAACAGGACUUCGAAAGCUUAUUAUCAGCUUUAAUGAAUUUACUUGUUUGGAUGAUGUAUAUCACUUGGACAACCUUGAAUAUUUGGAUGCAAGCCAUAACCAUGUGAUAACCCUUGAGGGAUUUAGAGGUCUGAUGAAACUGAAGCACUUAGACUUGAGCUGGAAUCAACUGAAAAAUUCUGGUGAUGAAAUAGAUGUGUUAUGCAAACACAUCACAAGUCUUCUCACUCUUGAUAUUCGACAUAAUCCAUGGCAAAAGCCAGCCACAUUAAGGCUGAGUGUUAUUGGCAGAUUAAAGACUCUUACUCAUUUAGAUGGCCUCCUCAUUUCUGAAGAAGAAGCAACAGCAGCUAUGAAAUUUAUUGCUAGAACAAAGAUUUCUCAGGUUGGAUUUUACUCCUUAAUAUUUCCUUUGCUAUUUAGAAUAUACAAGUAUUAUUUCCCAUACUCUUUUUUCUUUGGUCUGUGUAUCAUGAGGAGGACACAGAUAACUGCCUUGAAUUUAGAUGGGCAGCAUCUCUUUGAAAUCACAAACUUAGAGAAAUUGGAAAAUUUGAAAUGGGCAUCAUUCAGCAACAAUAAUCUCACUAAAAUGGAAGGCUUAGAAUCCUGUGUGAACUUGGAAGAGCUCACAUUAGAUGGAAAUUGCAUCACAAAGAUAGAAGGCAUUUCCAAGCUGACUAAAUUAACUCGCCUCAGUAUGAAUAAUAAUCUUCUCACUGGUUUGGAAAAACAUACUUUUGAUAACAUGCUUCAUCUUCACUCCCUUUCUCUUGAGAACAACAGAAUCACUUCAUUGAGUGGUUUGCAAAAAGCUUUUACUCUAAUUGAAUUAUACAUAAACAAAAACUAUAUUCCUCUCAAUCAGGAGAUCUACAGUUUAAAGGGUUUAUGUAACCUGGUCAUUCUAGACAUGUAUGGAAACAUUAUUGUAUGGAAUCAAGAAAACUACCGGUUGUUUGUAAUAUUUCAUCUUCCAGAACUGAAAGCUUUGGAUGGAAUCUCAAUUGAACCACCAGAGACUGAAUGUGCAAAAGAUUUGUUUGGAGGCAGACUUACUUCUGACAUGAUUGCAGAACGACAAGGACAUUCAAACUUUACUCAAAUGCAAGAACUGAACUGGACUUCAUCAUCCAUCAGGACUGUGGAUUUGAUUCCAGUUGACCAAUUUAGAAAUUUAUGUAAUGUGAAUCUACAGAACAAUAAUCUUAGUUCAUUUAGUGGAUUAAUCUAUCUGCCCAAUGUGAAGGUCUUAUGCCUCAACUAUAAUCAUAUUGAAUCAAUCAUGCCCAGACUAAAGCCUCAGACUCACCUGACCAGCAGACAACUACUGUACCAAAAAGUACCUUCAAGUGGCUAUGGACAGCAAGGAACUUCAAAAAUAAACAAAAUAAACAGAGAUACAAUGAACAAUGAAAAUUUGCCUCCAAUAAUGCACAGUUUAGAAGUUCUUCAUUUGGGCUAUAAUGGAAUUUGUAAUUUAAAUCAGCUGCAGCUUAACAGACUAAAAAAUUUAAAAUUCCUCUUUCUACAGGGGAAUAAAAUCAGUCAUGUUGAAGGGCUUGACAAUUUAGUAGCCCUUCAAGAAUUGGUAGUGGACCAUAACCGCAUCAGAGCAUUUAAUGACAGUGCCUUUGCCAAACCCAGCUCUCUGUUGACACUUCACCUGGAGGAAAACAGACUACAAGAGCUGAGCAAAUUACAACCUUUGGUAAAACUAGAGAAACUGUUCCUAGGAUAUAAUAAAAUCCAGGAUAUAGCAGAGCUGGAAAAACUUGAUGGUAUCCCUUCUCUUAGAGAGCUUACAGUUUAUGGCAAUCCAAUUUGUAGAAAAAUGCUACAUCGCCAUGUGCUCAUAUUUAAACUACCUAACUUACAAAUGUUAGAUGAAAUUCCUGUGAAUUCAGAUGAUAAGGCAAAAGCUGAAAUUUACUUCUCUGAAUUACAAGCAAAGAAAAAUUCGUGUAUUCCUGUUACCAACUUUCCUACAGAAGGUGGAUCAUUUGGCCAAGUGAAAGCUUCUCCCAUAAAGAUAACAAAUGUAAUUCUGCCUGGUGGAUUUAGCCAUUAUGCAGGACCUGACUUCACUUUAACUCCUGAGGUUGAAGAUAAAAAAAAUAAGAAUGCAGGAAUUCUGACAAAUAGUCCUCAAAGCAUACAUGCAGAAAUAGCUUUUCGGCAACUCAGAGAGAUAAAUCUCUCUGCAUCUCUUUUAUCACGUCAGAAUAUGGCACCUCCAACAACGCAAAUGUUCCAGAGCAACCAAGAUGAGGAAAGAAUUCCUGGCAGCCACUUUCCAAGAUCAAAUCGAAUGUAACCUAACUGCCUAAAAAGAAAUGAAUAUUCACCAAGAAACCUAUUUGUGUUCAGUAGUUGUACAAAAGGUAGCAGUGUCUGUGAAAAAAAAAGAUAAUCAUGUUACUUAUGUUACCGCAGCACUUCAGUUCCAUAUGAGGAUAAUCUCUAUCACUCCUGGUGAAUUUUAUUUAGCAUCUCCUCUCUCAAACUUUCUUUAUGGUUAUCUUAUUUAUUCGUUUGAAUUUCUGCAUUAGAAAAAUCAUAAACUUUUAUAUCAUACAAUUUGAAAAGAUACAAGUAACAUAAAGUCCAUGACUCAAAUAUUUAGUACUAUAUAGCAUUUAGAUACAAAAUUUUAGUAUGGCCUGUCAUAUGAAGUUACUAGAAAAGUUGAAUGUAGGAAAUAAGCAUGCUUUCAUCUGUAGUGUGUAUGUUCAUUUGGGAUCACCUAAAACUAAGCAUACAUUUCUUAGCAAACACAACCAUUACUAAAGCAGGUUGAGUUUUGCUAGUUGAACUGCUAGGUUUUCAGGAUUAUACUUAGAAACUGUAUCAGCCCUAAAAAUUGUUUAGAGAUGCAAAUUUGGGGCAUCACUAGUACUUCCUGAAGGUGGCUAACUGGGGGCAACCAGUCAUUUAUGCUCUAAGAAUGAAAGAGUACUAUUGUAUAUACAAUAGUUGUGCCCAUAGUGAUGUCAUUUAACAAUCAGUUUUAGGUUAAAGAGAACACAUGUUCAAACUCAGUGAACUCAUUUAAAAUUUGGGCCCUUAAUAAUUAUAUUUCACUGGAAAUAAUGUUUUUUUAAUAUUGCAUUGG